UCUCUCCCCUCCUCAACCCCAUAUCAUUCCCACACCCCGCUAUAUUCUAUGUCCACUUAUUUUCUUGGCCCAUCAAUCAUACCGGAGCAACCAAUUUUCUCACUCCAAACGUAGCAAACUCUCCCAUUCAAUGGCCGCUUGUAUUCACUCCUCGGGAACAGACAACGUCCAGACCAACCCACUUUCCUUCGACCCAAACAGGUCCCAAAUCGAUGAUGUCUACAAUUACGCAAAAUUCUGCAUAGACAUCCCCGGGCUUGUUUCAUCCAUCACCAAAAUUCACCCAAAAACAAUCCCUUCACGUAAAGCCAUUGACACCGUGGAUCAAGAUGAUCUGUGGCUGAAAAUGAGAGAUGAAGCUCGAUCAGACGUUGAACAAGAACCCAUAUUGUCAAGCUUCUAUUUCAGUUCAAUCCUGUCCCACAACUCCCUAGAAAGCGCUCUCGCCAAUCACCUCUCAAUGAAAUUGAGCAAUUCCAGUCUUCCUACUACUACCCUCUGUGAUAUUUUCCUGGGUGUGUUCGCAGAGGAUCAAAAAAUCAUGAGAGCCGUUGGAGAUGAUCUGAGGGCUAUGAGAGAGAGAGACCCUGCCUGUAUUAGCUAUGUCCACUCUUUCUUGAAUUUCAAGGGCUUUCUUGCAUGCCAAGCUCAUAGGGUGGCACAUAAGCUGUGGUCACAAGGUAGGAGAACCUUGGCUCUGCUCAUUCAGAACAGGGUGUCUGAGGUUUUUGCAGUGGACAUCCAUCCCGGGGCGAGGAUCGGACGGGGGAUAUUGCUCGAUCAUGCCACCGGAGUUGUGGUCGGGGAGACGGCUGUCAUCGGAGAUAAUGUGUCAAUUUUGCAUAAUGUGACAUUGGGUGGGACUGGCAAGACUUGGGGGGAUAGGCAUCCUAAAAUUGGUGAUGGGGUUUUAAUAGGGGCAGGGACUUGUGUUUUGGGCAAUGUUAGGAUUGGUGAUGGGGCUAAAAUUGGUGCUUGCUCAGUUGUGUUGAAGGAAGUGCCAUCAAGGACCACUGCAGUUGGGAACCCGGCUAGGUUGAUUGGAGGAAAGCUUAAUAAGAUCCCGGGUUUGACCAUGGACCAUACUUCGUACGCGGAAUGGUCCGAUUAUGUUAUUUAAAGGAGUUCACGGUCGCGACUACACUUAGCAUUUCUCUUUUAUUUAGAGACCCGCUCACAACUUUGUACCUUCCUUAGUUUAUUGGGACUUGGGUACGUUGUUUGUGUGUUUUAAGUGAGAACUUAAGUUCUCCUAUUGCCUAACAAUAAUGUAUACUUUUGAGUUCUAUCAUAGUAUGUUGUAAAUGCUAAGCUAUAUGGUCUUGGAAUUUUGUGGUUUUAUCAUCUUAACAAGUUGCCAAGAUCACACACUUGUAUUAUGGGUAUGGAGUAAUAGACGCAUGCUUUUUUUUGUUGUCA